ACGGUUCGGUUCGUCAUGUGCUUUGGGUUGAUGAAAUUUCUACACACAAUUGGAUCACUCACCGAAUUACGGAGUCUAAUCGAAAGUCGGUUCACAAUUUAUGGGGUGUCCAGGAUUUAUCACGUGAUUGCAGCUAGGUCACAGAGACGCACAGUGACCACUUAUCAUCACUACCUCAACCACAACCAAACUCAUCCCCCACUCAACCCACACUUAUCAUCUCUACAACUUACCCGAACCUUAUCUUCUUCUUCAGCCAAGAUGAGCAAUCUCAACCAAGCGAAAAACAUUUGGAGGAAGGCGAACGCCGUUUGUUUCGACGUCGACUCCACCGUCAUUCAAGAAGAAGCGAUCGACGAGCUGGCCAAAUAUUGCGGAAAAGGGGAUGAAGUCCAACAGUUAACGAUGGAGGCGAUGAAGGGCGGGAUGGACUUUCGCCAAGCCCUCGCCAUCCGACUGGACAUCAUCAGACCGACGUCGACCCAACUACGUAAUUUCAUCCACGGCGAGAAGCACCGUCUCACGCCUUACGUCAAAGAACUCGUCUACGAGCUUCACAAACGGGAGAAGGAAGUCUACCUGAUCUCUGGCGGGUUUAAAAGCAUAAUUAUCCCAGUCGCCAAAGACUUGAAUAUUCCGACCUCCAACGUGUACGCGAACAAACUCAAGUUCUACUACGAUGGGGAAUACGCCGGCUUUGACGAGAACCAACUCACCUCCCGAAGCGGCGGAAAGGGCGCGGCGGUUCGCGACUUGAAGGAAAAACAUGGCUACGAGACCGUCGUCAUGGUCGGGGACGGCAUGACCGAUUGGGAAGCAGCCCCACCAGCAGAUCUGUUCAUUGGCUUUGGUGGCAACGCGUACCGACCCGAGGUUAAAAAUAAGUCGAAAUGGUACGUCACAGAUUUCCGCGACCUCGUCAACGAGCUUAGAGACUAAUUUGGAAGGAAAAAAGUAGCUUUUUUUUAAACUGUAACGUUAAGUUUUUUUGUUCGCAUCUCGCUUUUUAUUUACGAUUACACAAAACCGACUGUUCUACACUGUACAAUAUUACGUAGGAGAAAAAAGGAAAUAUUUUAUCUACUGAGACCUUUAUACUUGUUAAUAACAUAUUUAGAUUAGAGGACAGGUAAUGAAUUAUGUAAAUAAUUGUGUAGUAUUAUUUACCCAUUAAAACAUACAUAGCUCUCUUUCUCUCUCUGUAAAAUAUACACACAGUUUAAUUUAAUUUAGUACGAAGACAAUUAAAUACAAAUCUAUACACAUGGA